AUGCACAUUUCACGCAUCAACUUUCGCGGCACCAAUAGCGAUACGGUCACGGUGACGGUGUUUGAGGGCAUCGACAAGUACGUCGAGAUGAAGUACACCGAAGGCAACCUUCAGAUGUAUGCUAACCACAAAAGUUAUAUUCUGAUCUUGUAUUUUUGCAUUACAGAACCACACAUACACCCAAAAUGCAUAAAAUCAACACGAAGACGAAUCAGGAUGCGAAUCCGUUGUUUUCUGCUCUGCUCGCCCUGAAACACAUGACAAUGCCGUCGAAAACGGUGCUCGGAACCCUCGACGGAAUUGCCAUGACGUGUGCGCAACUUCGGAAGCCCCGACAGAUAUGGGGCAUCGUGAAAGGAUGGAAGAUUCGAGCCGAGAUCUUGAAGCUCGACGAUUUGAACGACAACCUAUUCUGUUUCCUCGUCGUCGCCGACCGAAUCGUCGAGAUCCAGACGCAAAAGAUCAAGGAGCAGUGCGAGAACGAGCAGUGGGGAGAGGUGUCCGAUGGUUUUCACAUGAUCACCUCUGGCACCCGUCCCAAACUCGUAUCGUUCACGAGCAAACUCCGCUACCGCUACUACCGAAAAAUUGAAUGUUCUAUUUUCGGUGAGUCAAGGCGCCUCCAAUGAUCCGCAUUCAUUACUGCUUGUCGGACUACAUGCAUGAGCAAAUGCCGCGAGCGUGGAAAAAAAAACAUUUUCUGAAAAAAAAAAAUGAUGAUGCAGUUUGAAAGUCCGCAACUUUGCCUAACGGCACUUUUUGUAUACCGUAUAAGUUUCAGGGUCCCCGGAUAACUAG